CAGUUUGUGUCACACACACGCGAGGGAAAUAGAGUCGCUAGCGCGAGUGUAAAUAACGAAGCAAAGUAUAUAAAGUUAAGAAGUAGCUUUAUUUCGUAUUUAAGUUGUCUUUUGUAGUAUUAGCAAGCGUCUGGGCGUUUAACCUAGCUAACUGAGGUUACAUUAGCAAGCUGUGUCUCUUAACAAUCACAUUAAUUUAAAUGUAUUUAACGUUAGCCAGCUAGCCACGCAUAGCUUAAUUCGUAGGGAACUCCAAACAACGUCGACGUUUUGAGUUCUAACUUAGUGUCGUAAACAGCUGUUGGGAAUGUUGCCUCGCUGGAGUCAUGAAGGGACAACAAACGAUUCAGAGGACGAAGAAGAGCCCAAGCGUCCUCUCAGUGAAUUCUACCCAUAUAUCCGCUGUGCCCUGUGCAGCCUCUUCCUCAUCGAUGCCACCACCAUCAUAGAGUGCCUGCACACAUUUUGCAAAAGCUGCAUCGUGAAGCACUUCUUCUACAACAACAGGUGUCCAACAUGCAGCACUGUAGUCCACCAGACACAACCGACGUACAACAUCAGGCCUGACAGACAACUGCAGGAUAUUGUUUACAAAAUGGUUCCCUUCCUGGAGGAGUCCGAAAGAAAACAAAUGUGUCAAUUCUACAAGGAGAGAGGGCUGGAUGUGCCAAACACAGUUGUAAUCUCGCCUCCAGGUCCUGUUGUCAUAAAGAGGCAGAAGAAAGAGAACAUUCCCCCGUCUGUGUUCACCAUCCCUCCUGAGCUGGAUGUAUCUCUGCUGCUGGAGUUUGUUGGGGCUGAAGAGGGCAUCGCUAAUUACAAGCCGUUAGAGAGGCGGUACGUCCGUGUGUCCGGGGAGGCCACUGUGCGCCACGUGGAGAUCUUCAUCAGGAGGAAGAUGGAGCUGAGCUCAGCAUGCCAGGUGGACGUGGUUUGUGGAGAUCACCUCCUCGAUCACUUCCAGUCCCUCAAGGACAUUCAGAGCUUUGUGGGUGAAGAGGCACUGCAGGACGGUCUGUUGGUGCUGCAUUUUGGCCUGGUCCUGCCCUCCCAGCCAUGAGCACGAGAGGUGGACGUAGUCCAAGAACUCAUCACUUGGAUUUCCUUUAUUUGUUAACAGUCUGAAAUGAAAAGAUCUAAACAUUUAAAACUGCAACGCUCAAUUGUUCUAAUAAUAUUAUCACUGGGCAUUCAGGACAGCCCUGGUUUCUGUUUGUUUCGCACAGACAUUUGAUUAACAGAAGGGCCAUCAUGCAAAAUGAAUUAAACCCGAGUCCUUGUCUUACUGCCAAGAUGUCUUUGAAGGCAUCGUUCCAGGUGCUGUGUGUGUGUGUGUGUGUGUGUGUGUGUGUGUGUGUGUGUGUGUGUGUGUGUGUGUGUGUGUGUGGUGUG